AUGGAGGAAUCAGAGUCGCCCUCCGUGAGAUCGUGGAGGAAGCAGGGAGUGCUAAGAUCUCUCUCCUUGAUUGUCUUCGGGUCACUGGGGCUGUUGGCGCUUGUCCUUGUCCUCGGCCAGGCGGACAUGCGAAGUGACGGGGAUGCGCUAUCGAGGGGAAGCUUUCCAGAGGAGAUGUUGCAGAAGGUCAAGGCAGCGAUGCUGCAGGAGAUGGACGACGAUGGCCUGGAGAAGCAGAAGGACUUGAUGGAGAGGCGCUUCCCAGCGGAGAUUGUCUCGUACAUGAACUUCUCCAAGGAGCCGUGCGACAACUUCUACGAGUUUGUCUGUGGGCAGUGGGUGAAGAACACCGAGAUUCCAGCAAGCUCGCCAGCCUUCACCAAAUCUUGGGAUGGAGCAGAGAAGAACGUGAUGCAGGACAUGAUAUCCAUGUACACGGACAACUACACGGAGGACUCACAGUUCAGGCGGCUGGCGGACUGGUACCAUGCCUGCGUCGACGUCGACGAGAUCAACAGGCUGGGAUCGAAGCCGCUGAAACCGACGCUAGAGAAGAUCGACACGAUGGAGACGUUGGAGGACAUGAUCGAGCUGCUGUCCUACUUCAUCAUCUGGGACAUGCCGCAGUUCUUCAGCAUCGACGUCAGUGCUGGGGUUCGCAACUCCUCCACCCGGCUCCUCUUCGUCGAAGCCUCUGGACUGUCUCUCCCCGACGCCAGCUACUACCCUGUGGUGUACAACGGGUCGGCGAUCGACGACGACAAGGCGGAAGACAGGGAGAUGACGAGGCGCUACUUCAAGAAGCUCCACCUCCUAGCCGGAUACUCCGAUGAGGAAGCAGAGCUCGCCGCAAACGAGACCAUCGUGGUGGAGACAGAGCUUGCGCAGUGGAUGGUUGACGAGCCUUGGAUCGACGACCCUCUGGGGCCGCUUCCUACCAACUUGACCAACCUGUCUGCCAUCACUCCGACCUUCCCAUGGAGGAGAGUGUUUGAGGAGAUGAAGAAGGGAUGCGAGGAGUACGGUUGGACGUGUAACGAGAAGCUUCUCAACGACGAGAACCUGAUCAUCAUCACUGACCCAUUGUGGAUGACAAAACUUGACGAGGCUCUGCGUACUCGCCCGGUCUCCUACUGGAGGCGCUGGAUGAGAACGCACUACAUCUACGACCUCGCGCCCUUGCUCAACGUCGAAUUCCUUGAGGCGAACUUAGAGCUCGAUGGCUACAUGACCGGCAUAUCCGAGCUGCCGACUAGGGAGGAAAAGUGUGUGAGGGCGACUACCAACGGUCUCUCCGCUCUCUCCGACAUUCUCUUUAUUAAGAAAUAUUUCCCGGACAUCGCGAAGGAGGCAGGCUGGGCGAUCUUGACAAGAUUGAAGAGCAGCUUCAUCAAGAACCUUGAAGAUGUUGAUUGGAUGGACAACGAGACCAAGACUCGCGCCAUCACCAAGGCAGAGAGGAUGGGGCUGAAUCUAGGUGGGCCCAAGACCUACAAGCAGUUUGUCUAUCCUCCACCUUUCUUCAGUGUCGAUUAUCCCGUGGAAGAGAACUUUGGAGCCAUCGGAGCAAUCAUGGCGCAUGAGAUCACGCACGGGUUUGACAACCACGGCGCGAAGUUCAACGAGGACCGGAAGAUGCAGGACUGGUGGUCGGAGGACGUGCAGACUGAGUUCAACAAGCGAACCGAGUGCAUCAAGACCUUGUAUAGCGGCUUUGAGAUCGCCGGCGUUACUAUUGCUGGCGACAGCACGUUGGGGGAGAACAUCGCAGACUUCGGAGGUCUCAAGAUCGCGUACGAGGCGUACCUCGAGUGGUACAACGAGACACUGUUCAGCACGUUCAAACGUCCUCCUCCCAUCCUCUCCCGCCAGCUCUUCUUCGUGUCCUACGGGCAGAACUGGUGCGACAAGGAGAGGAUGAAGGCGCAGCAGUACUCUACCUCAAACGACGAGCACUCGCCGAACCCUUUCAGGACCAACGGGGUUGUCUCUCAAAACCCUGACUUCGCCGACACUUUCAGCUGCCCACAAGGAAGCCCCAUGAAUCCCGUACACAAAUGUGUGAUGUGGUCGCAGUACGCCGGAGGUCAGAUCCUCGCCACGAAGCCCAAGGUGGAGCAAGGAAGCAGGAGGAAGUGGAGGGCGGAGAGGCUGCCUGCGGGGAGGAAGAAGCAACUGAUGGAGCGGAGGUUGUGA